AUGACAAAAACAAAUAUCACGAAGUUGCUCUUGAACGACAAUAACAAUCGUGUUACCUCCACGGCCAGUGCAAGAAGGACUUUCAGCAAAAGACCGCCAGUUGAAGAGACAGCAUCUUUUCUCCAAUCGCUGUUGGCUUCGCAUGGACCCAAUUAUCUGGAAAAGCUGUUCGGGAGCAAAGCGCGUGAUGCACUGGAACCACUUGGUGGGGUUGAAAAGGUUGCCAUCGCCCUGUCUGAAUCUCAAACUAUCGAAGACUUUGGAGCAGCUCUGCAUCUAAUGAGAUCUGACUUGGAACACCUCCGCUCCGUCUUCAUGGCAGUUGAGAACGGCGACCUCGGAAUGCUCAAGUCCCUCGGCAUCAAGGACUCCGAAUUGGGAGAUGUGAAAUUCUUCCUGGAGAAACUGGUGAACACUGGUUUCCUUGACUGA